ACAAUGGAAUAAUUUCUUAUAAGUGCACGUCAUAUUGCCGUUUUUUGUACGCUCUAUUUAUCUCCUUCACCUCUCCCCCACGAUUCUCGAACUCCAACAGCUUCUCUCCACACAAAUCACCCGAAUCGGAGCACAUACAGCGAUAAUCGGAACAAGAUGUCGUGGCAAGCAUACGUCGACGACCACUUGAUGUGCGAGAUCGAAGGAAAUCACCUCUCUUCCGCCGCAAUCAUCGGUCACGAUGGGAGCAUCUGGGCCCAAUCAUCCAGCUUCCCUUCGGUUAAACCAGAGGAAAUAACUGCAAUCAUCAAUGACUUCAAUGAACCUGGUUCACUUGCCCCAACUGGUUUAUACCUUGGUGGGACCAAGUACAUGGUUAUUCAAGGUGAAGCUGGAGCUGUGAUUCGAGGGAAAAAGGGACCAGGAGGUGUUACUGUUAAAAAGACGACAAUGUCCUUGAUCAUUGGUGUGGUUUUUAAUUGCUCUUUGGGAAGUGAUACAAUUUUAGUAAUUAAAGUUGUGCAAAGAUGUCCUGGAGUUGUAAGCCAGGUGGUUUGUGCUUGAUACUUUUCACUUGUAUUAAGUGUGAUGAUGGAAGUGGGACACUUGUUUAGUUCCUUAUUUUUAUUUUUUUAAAACUUUAUGGAGUGAUUUUUGAUGGAUGUUUUUAAAUGAUUUGGGAUUAUCUCAUAUUAAUAUGACUACACCUUUGCUUGUGUAACAUUUUUUUGUGGUUUUAUUCACCUUUUAAUUUUGUGUUUGAGCCUUGUGGUCCC